AUGAACCGCACUGCAAAAGGCAGGCAGGAGCUGGAGGCAGGUCUGGCACUGAAGAAGGCAGCCAUCACUGAGGGACCAUCACUACCAGGACAGCCAAGCCAAGGAAAGAAGAUUGGUCAUCGAAGUGUUGAUGCUUCUGGAGAAACCACCUACAAAAAGACCACUUCAUCUACUCUGAAGGGAGCCAUCCAGCUGGGAAUUGGAUAUACUGUUGGCAAUCUGAGCUCCAAGCCAGAGAGAGAUGUCCUGAUGCAGGACUUCUACGUGGUGGAGAGCAUUUUUUUCCCAAGUGAAGGAAGCAAUCUCACCCCAGCUCACCACUACGCUGACUUCAGGUUCAAGACCUAUGCUCCCGUGGCAUUCCGCUACUUCCGAGAGCUCUUUGGGAUUCGUCCAGAUGAUUAUUUGUAUUCGCUGUGUAACGAGCCCCUGAUAGAGCUGUCCAAUCCCGGUGCUAGUGGCUCCCUGUUCUAUGUCACCAGCGACGACGAAUUCAUCAUAAAAACUGUGAUGCACAAGGAGGCUGAAUUCCUGCAGAAGCUCCUCCCUGGCUACUACAUGAACCUGAAUCAGAACCCCCGGACACUGCUGCCCAAGUUCUAUGGCCUGUACUGUGUGCAGUCAGGGGGCAAAAACAUCCGUGUGGUGGUGAUGAACAACAUCCUGCCUCGGGUGGUGAAAAUGCACCUGAAGUUUGACCUGAAAGGCUCCACCUACAAACGCAGAGCAUCCAAGAAGGAAAAAGAAAAGUCCAGCCCCACAUACAAGGAUCUAGACUUCAUCCAAGACAUGCCUGAGGGCCUGAUGUUGGAUGCAGACACCUUCAGCGCCUUGGUGAAAACCCUGCAACGAGACUGUCUGGUGUUGGAAAGUUUCAAAAUCAUGGACUAUAGCCUCCUGCUUGGGGUUCAUAACAUAGACCAGCAGGAACGGGAGCGGCAGUCCGAGGGGGCACACAGCACGUCGGAUGAGAAGCGUCCCGUGGCGCAGAAGGCUCUGUACUCCACAGCCAUGGAGUCCAUCCAGGGGGGCGCUGCCCGCGGGGAGGCCAUCGACACAGAUGACACGAUGGGAGGAAUCCCAGCAGUGAACGGCAAAGGAGAGCGUCUGCUGCUGCACGUAGGAAUAAUAGAUAUCCUCCAGUCCUACCGGUUCAUCAAGAAGUUAGAACAUACCUGGAAGGCCCUUGUCCAUGAUGGGGACACGGUGUCAGUACACAGACCCAGCUUUUAUGCAGAGAGAUUCUUCAAAUUCAUGACCAACACAGUGUUCCGAAAGAAUUCCUCUCUGAAGUCCUCUCCCUCGAAGAAGGGGCGCAGUGCCUUGCUAGCUGUCAAGACAGCUGGGCCUAUGGCUGCAUUUUCUGCCAGCCAGCUCCCCUCUGAGAAGGACGACACACAGUAUGACCUCCGUGCAGCCCGGAGCUACCCCACGCUUGAUGAUGAAGGCAGGCCAGACCUGCUGCCCUGCACCCCUCCGUCCUUUGAGGAAGCUACCACAGCCUCCAUAGCCACCACGCUGUCGUCCACAUCUCUCUCUGUUCCCGAGCGAUCUCCCUCGGAGACCUCUGAGCAGCCCAGGUACAGGAGGCGCACACACUCCUCAGGGCAGGAUGGCAGGUCACAUGAGGAGGUACGGGUUGAGGAGGAGCUUCAGCAGAUCAGUGUUGAGCUGGAGCCCAAGUGUGACGUUGAGAUCAUAGCUCCUGCAGAAGAUGACAAAGAAGAGGCAGCUUCUUCAGCCUGUGCCAUUGCAACGUCCACAGCUACAAUAGAGGUGGAGACAGCCAGCCAGGCCUCAGAACCAGCCAGUCAGGCCUCAGAUGAAGAUGAUGUGCCAGUCACAGACAUAUACUUUUAAUCUCUAUGCAGACACAGAAGCCCCAGAGAGCAG